GUUUUUGUAGCCUGUAGUAGGUGUGUGCAAGGCAAAAUUUUGAAUUGUUUCAGACCUGAAACACGUUGCAGUGUCCACAAUAUAUAUACGGGAUGGAACUGGCUCCUGAAGAAAUGGAUUCCCUGCGUAAAGAAAUGAACUCUUUGCGUGAAAAAGUGAAUGGACUGGAAGGGGAAAUGGAUGAUCUUCAACAGGAUAUGGCGAAAGUGAGGGAGGAGAAGGCUGAGCUGCACCUGGAGGUGGCGCGCCUGCGACGGGCGCUGGUCGAAGAACGCACCGCUCGCCAGGUGGCUGUGAAGGAGUUGCGCCAGGAGGUCCGCCGACGGUCGGCGCCCUCCGACCGCUCACAGGGUGACGGCGAGGAGGAGCUGGCGCCACUGAAGGACGACACUUGUGACAAGGGUGACGUCAUCAGCGACUGUGACGUCAUAACCCCAUCUGCGGAGGAGGCGCCGCCAGCAGGCGGUAGCUUGAAGACGCCUGUGCCUAACAUCUACCACCUGGACACCGAGCUGUUGAAGAUGGUGCUGAGCAAGAUGGACUGCAGGGAGAUGUUCCGAGCCAGGCGGGUCUGCCGUCGGUGGCGGUCCGCAGUCGACGAUAUCGUCAGCGACUGUCGGCGGGAGCUAACCGAUCAGCAAACCCGCGAUGGAAAGGUCCCGGCGCCGGCCACGAGCCUGGAGCUCGUAUUGAAGGUGCAGGACCAGCCGAAGAUGACUGAACUGCAGGCGCCGACUGAAGAGACAGACACCGACCUCCGACUGGUCGCGUCCACCUGCCACGCUCUGGAGAAGGCGGACCUGUGCGGCUUCAGCUCUGCGGGUCUCCGCCCUGCGGCGGCUGGCGCGUGCCAACGCCUCCAGUCUGCGUGAGCUGACGCUGCCGGCCGGUGUCAGCGACUGGCAGCUGGAGGCGCUGCUGGAGCCGCUGAAGGCUCUGGAGCAGCUCGAUGUGAGCCCACCCGUGAACAGCACCGGCAAGUGGCUGCGGCUGCUGCCUAAGUCGCUGAAGAGACUGGA